UCACGUGUCACUGUCAGAGAGGAGAGGACAGUUUAAAUGGGCGUAUUCGGUCACAGAACUAGUCAGUUAGGCUAUCUACGCUGGAAUACUUCCUUAUUCCGAGCUACAGUCGCCGAGGAUUCAGUUUUACCUUACAGUCAUCUGAAGAAUGUAUAAUACUUUGGAAUAACUGCUCUUCAGAUACUUGGAUAAACGGUCAGUAAGAUUGACUCAAUUUAAAUGGAGUAAUUUCGUAUGCAACUAACGUUACUGUAGGCUACUCGAUAUUGGUUUACACUAGACUGUCGUCUGUGGACAGUGUAAUAAAAUAAAAUUGUUAGAGACAUUGUUGCCAGUUGCUGUGUGAUUUUGGUUCCAGAUCAAAAUCAAAUAAAAUAAAAUGUUUUUGUCACAAGCGCCGAAUACAACGGGUGUAGACUUUACCGUGAAAUUCUUGCUUACGAGCCCUUCCAAACGAUGCAGAGUUAAAAGAUAAUAAUACAAAAUUAAAUAGUAACACGAGGAAUAAAGCUAUAUACAGGGAGGACCAGUACCAGAUCAAUGUGCAGGGGUACGAGGUAUUUUAGGUAGAUAUGUACAUAAAUGCAGGGUAAAGUGACCAGGCAUCAGGAUAUAUAACAAUACGAAUAAAGAACAGAGUAGUAGCAGCAGCAGCCUAUGAGUGUGAAAGUGUGUGUGUAUGUGAAUGUGUGAGAGUCAGUGUAGUCUGUAUAUUGUGUGUAUAUCUAGUCCUGUGAGUGUACAUAGAGUCAGUGCAAGAUAGGGUCAAUGCAGAUAGUCGGGGUAAACAUUGAAUUAACUAUUUAGCAGUCUUAUGGCUUGGGGGUAGAAGCUGUCUCGGAGCUUGCCUAUACAUCAGACGCUUACCAUGGCUACUCCGUGGAUUUUCAGUCUGACCGAAGUCGCCCUAAAAAAAUACUUACUUUACUGGUUAUACAUGCCGUUGGUCCUUUUGGCGGUAGGAGGUGGAGAUAGGUUAUCCACAGGAAAGUGUUGUUUACUUGACUUUUUGCGGCGCCAGUAGGUUCUGUCGCUUGUAUUUUAAAUCUCUUGACUCAUUGCACGAUAUGUAAACAGUAACCCAACGUAGUCCACCGAAGCACGUUUCCUCGCAAUCAGCUGGAAGUGUUUGCGGUUCAGUCGGUGGUUCGGUUAGGCUCAGCCAUAUUGUGGAAGUGUUUGUCACGUGCGAAUUGCAUCUGUAUUGAAAAUAAAAACCGUAAAUACAAACCGAAAUACAGCCCAGUGUACUGAAGGUCGGGUUGAUAACACUUCCCUAUGGAUAUUUUCUAUCAGAUUACCUCUGACAUAGGGACAAAAUCAGAGGACAACAGGUAAAGUAAAUUGAAAUGAAGUUUGUUCAACAUUCUGACUUGUAAUGGGACUGUUCAGGAAUGCUGAGCCUACAUUUUAGAGACAAGUGUGUAAGUAUUUCACUCUCGGAUUCUAAAAGAGGCUAUCUCGGAGCCUGUUGGUCUGGUACCGUUUGCCACACGGUAGCAGAGUGAACAGUCUAUGGCUUGGGUUGCUGAAGUCUUUGGUAAUUUCUCUGGCCUUCCUCUGACACCACCUGAUAUAGAGGUCCUGGAUGGCAGGGAGCUCGGCCCAGUGAUGUACUGGGCUGUCCGCACCACCCUCUGUAGCGCUUUGCUGUCGAUGGCGGUGCAUUUGCCAUACCAAGCUAUGAUGCAGGCAGUCAAGAUGCUUUUGAUGGAUCAGAGGGCCCAUGCCAAAUCUUUUUAGCCUCCUGAAGUGGAAGAAGCGCUGUCGUGCCCUCUUCACGACUGUUCGGUUGUGUGUGGACCAUGCUAAGUCCUUAGUGAUAUGGACGCCAAGGAACUUGAAGCUCUCAACUCGCUCCACUACAGCCCCAUGGAUGUGGAUGGGGCGUGCUCUCCCCCCUUUCUCCUGCAGUCCACGAUCAGCUCCUUUGUCUAACUGGCUUUGAGAGGUUGUUGUCCUGGCACCAUACUGCCAAGUCUCUGACAUCCUCCCUGUAGGCUGUCUCUUCGCCGUCGGUGGUCAGGCCUACCACCGUCGUGUCGUCAGCAAAAUUAUUCAAAUUCAUUGUUUUACACUAUCUAAUCCAGGGGUGUCAAACUCAUUUUAGCUCAGGGGCCACAUGGAGGAAAAUCUAUUCCCAAGUGGGCCGGACCGGAAAAAUCAUGGUGUAUAUAUAUAACUUAAAAACAACAACUUCAGAUUGUUUUCUUUGUUUUAAUACGAUCAACAUACAACAUAAAGCUGGAGCCUGAGGACAGUGUGUCCAAAAUAGUACAAGCACAACAUCACUAUUAAUCAUAAAACACGUCAAGUUUAUUUGAAAAUUCUAAAGAAAAAUAACACACAAACACACAAUGCCUCAGUGAUUAACAGAACUGUUUCACAGAUCACAGAACUAUAUCAGGGGGUCAUUUCUCAGGCAGAAAUGUAGAUAAAAAUAAUGAAAUCCUGUUCCCCAAACAAGUGCAUGAACCACAGAGUCAAGAAUAGGUUAAAUAUACAAAUAAAAUAAAAUCAAUUAAAAACAAUAGCACAUCAACAUAAAAACAUAUAAACAUAAAGCUGGAGCCUGAGGACAGUGUCCAAAAGCACAACAUCACUAUUAAUCAUAAAACACCUCAAGUUAUUUGAAAGUUCUGAGGACAAAGAACACACAAACACACAAUGCCUCAGUGAUUCACAGAAGUAUAUCACAGAUCACAGAACUAUAUCAGGGUGUCAUUUCUCAGGCAGAAAUGUAGAUAAAAAUAAUGAAAUCCUGUUCCCCAAACAAGUGCAAGAACCACAGAGUCAAGAAUAGGUUAAAUAUACAAAUAAAAUAAAAUCUAUUAAAAACAAUAGCACAUCAACAUAAAAACAUAUAAACAUAAAUCUGAAAGCGUUGCUCAAACUCCCGUAACAGUCCCGUUAUUUUAUCUUUGAACCGCUUCAUGUCUGCCACAUGUUGGGUCGCGCACACAUUUUUCAGACAGGGGAAGUGAGCUGCAUCACCACGGGCAAGUUGCGUCUCCCACAAUGACAGCUUCAACUUGAAAGAACGUAUGCUGUCAUAAUACUGCGUGACAACUUUGUUGCGCCCUUGCAGCUGUUUGUUCAAGUUAUUCAGGUGCUCUGCACCAUCUGUAGCCUGGCUGACAGCGCGGGACCAGUCCACUCCGACCCUGUCCAGCGCGCCGACGAGUGCGGUAAAAAUAUCAGCUGCUGUCGUUGUAUCUGUCAUCGGCACCAACUCCACGAACUCCUCGGUGACGGUCAAUGUGUCAUCAACUCCGCGGAUGAAAAUGGCCAGUUGUGCAACAUCUGUAAUGUCCGUGCUUUCAUCAAUUGCAACCGGAAACGCAAUAAAUGACUUUACUUUUUGCUUCAACUGGCUGUCCAAAUCCACUGAAAGAUCGGAAAUCCUGUCUGCAACUGUGUUUCUUGUCAGGCUGAUAUUUGCAAAAGCUUUUCAGGGCACACAAUCUCCGCUGCCUUCAUCAUGCAUGUUUUUACGAAUUCACCCUCACUAAAUGGUUUUGAAGCCACUGCGAUUUCAUUAGCAAUGAGGUGGUCCUCUGUAGCUCAGCUGGUAGAGCACGGCGCUUGUAACGCCAAGGUAGUGGGUUCGAUCCCCGGGACCACCCAUACACAAAAAUGUAUGCACGCAUGACUGUAAGUCGCUUUGGAUAAAAGCGUCUGCUAAAUGGCAUAUUAUUAUUAUUAUUAUUAUUAGGUAGCUAGCUUUCACUGCAGCGUCACUGAUGUCUCGGCUGUGAGUAAACACAGACUGCUGUUUCUUCAGACCCGCCAACAGUUCAUUCACCUUCUCUCAUCUCCGCUGUCCUUGAAAGUUGUCAUAUUUGUCGGCAUGAAGACUCACAUAGUGGCGACGAAGGUUAUAUUCUUUCAGCACUGCAACAUGCUCUGAACACACCAAACAUACAGCUUUCCCAUUCAAUUCCAUGAAUAAAUAGGAUGACCAUUUUUCUUGGAACACUCUGCACUCUGCGUCCACUUUUCUCUUUUUUGACAGAGACAUAUUGGGGCAAUGAGGGUACCAAAGCACAUAAUGUUAAAAGUAGAAGCCGUAAUAAAUAUCUCGGGCAAAACAAAGUCGCUCAUUGGCUGCACGUGCUUGACCUACUUGCUCUGCCCCGGUAUAAACAGUUUGCUUGCUUAACACAAUUGCUAUUGCGCCAUCCAGUGGACGCAAUUGGAACAGCAGUUUAUUUUAUUGAAAAAUUGCAGCGCAUUUUUAUACUUUACAAUAUAUAUAUAUAUAUUUUUUUUUUUAUCAUCUCGCGGGCCGAAUUAAACCCGUUUGCGGGCCUGAUCCGGCCUGCGGGCCGGACGUUUGACACCCCUGAUCUAAUCACAGCACUGGCAGACUAUGGUUGACCAACUCCCUGACCAAAAUGGCUGACCUUUUAUCCCAUCAUAAGAAAGUCCAUUCUAGUAUUCUAAUUCCCAAUACUAUUGUGAUAUCACUGAGCUGGAUGUUGAAUUAUUGUUAAAAAUGGCAUAAACAAAUAUCGCAAUGUAAAAAAAUUAAAUAGAUUAAUUGUUUUGGGGAGGUUUCCCAAGACAACAAAAACAUCCUAAACUGAAUUGAUUUCAAAAGCUGUGUAUACCUCUACCCAGAGACCUGUCUCUGCCUCUACCUAUCUGUCACUUAUUUAUAAAUUAGAACCUUUAAAAGUCAUGCUUUGAGUGUGACAGCACAAUGUGACCUCCCAUUCUCAUAAUACAAGUGAAUGAUCAGAAGGAUAGUAUAAUACUUUCUUUACUUCUUCCCCUGACAGGGUGCUUGCUAGUCACACAACUUCUGCAUUGCUUGUUAGCAGGACCAUUGUGCACUUUAGAAGAGGAAUGGAAUCAAAAGGAGAAGGGAAGGACAAGUUCUUUAUAGUGACACAGGGGAAGGCGAGAAAAGGCUUCUCCAGAGGAUGUAUCGGCCGUGUGGAGGCAGUGAUGCAUAAUGGAGAGCUGAUGGGACUGUUGUACGGAGGUGGCAGCAGUGGGAACCCUAAGAGCGGGGACAUGGUGAAGAGGGAGGACACGUACCCCCUCACCCGCCACCAGGCCCAGCUGCUGCUCUUCGUGUCUCCCUCCAGCAAACGCCUGGAGCUCCUGUGUAACCCUCAGCUCUUUUCGGCCAUCUGUGUGCUGUCUCAGGAUGACCUGGUGGUGGUUAAGCACAAGAAAGGUCACCAGCCAGGCCUGGUUCGGAACCUGAUGCUGAUCGGUAAGAAGGAGAACCAAGGGGACCUGCUGAUGCUGGGCUUUGAGGUUGAGUUUGUGGUGAGUAUGCAACUUCUACAAGUCUGGUAUGCAAGCCCAUAUCAGCAUAGGGAAUGGCUUCCAGUAUUUUGUCCAAUGUAUAAGCACAUAAUCAGGAAUUUCUGUCUGUUUGAAUGUCUGUUUGAUCCUCUCAUCGAUAAGAGAAACAUUUUAGCCUAUUGAUGCCACAGUAUGGCAGACACUGUGAACUGUACCUGUCAAGUCACUUGAACCUCUCAUUGAUUUACAUGAGUGACAGCAGGAGACAAGAAUGUUCCUCUCAGGGGAAGAUCCAAAAUGUUAUCUGAUUAGUUACAGCACCUAACUUUUACAUAACAUCUGAAACUUGAUAACAUUGUCUGAGCAAUUGGCAGUUGCUCGAAAGCAGUUUGUUGUAUUUCCGGCUCGCCAGUAAAAAUUCUCAGCACAGCUACUGUAUGGGAUUGAGUGUACUUGAUUUACUGUAAUUGUCCUGUUUCCUUUCCAUUUCAGCAGGACUCUGAUCAAACAGUGUCCUCUAAGAAGCCAGCCCCUCUCCCCCUAUUCAGUGCAGCAGACAUUGUCCAGGUUGUCCCAGCAUACUCUGUAGGCAUUGGCCCUCGCUGGAAAGACAGUCAUUCAGAGGGUCAGUACUGUAUGUUUACUUGCUAGUGAUCAAUGCCCAUGCAUUCUCAUGGGAUUAGGAUGCAAGCACAUAGACCUACAUGUAUUUGUUUACCAAAUAUGACACAUUUACCUGGCUUUUCUAGUUUUCUAACCCAUUAGCCUACAUCAGGGAUGGGCAACUGGCGGCCCCCCUUCUGUAGGCCCGUGGACCAGUAUAUAGCAAAAUGUGUAGACUUGCAGGAAAUUAGCUGUAAAACUGCACAUUUUUCUCUCCGCCCCAUGGCAAAAUGAGUAGAAUCGCAUGAAAUGAGUUAGAAAAUUGCAGAAUCUUCUCUCUGUACCAUGGCAAAUUGUGUAGAAUUGCAGGAAAUUAACUUUAAAUCUUAAAAUGUUUCCCUUUGCUGUCACGAGGGGAGCCGCUUAUCAGUUAGAAAUGGUAAAUGUUAUUGAAUGGCAAUGAGCUGCACCUGUGGCUAGACAGUGCGGUGUACAGAACUGGUCAAACUGGUCGAGGUGCUCUGGAAUGUAGCAGCAGAGAUCCAUCACAUGCUCUGGAAUUUGUGUAUAUUUGUGGAGAUAGACAUGACAUGGGAUUUGUGACAAGGAGAGAAACCAUGUGAUGUGUGAUUUUUUUACCCCACCUCUUCAACUUCUUCUCCCCCAGAUCUAAACAGAAAGGUGGUGUCACGUAUCAACUCCAUGCCUAAUAUGGGAUCUCGUGGACGACAAGUGAGAGAUAUAAACCAUUUAGACCAGAGUGUCACCCAAACAUCAACCCAAAGCCCGUCACACCACCCUUUUGAGGUGGGAUCCAUGGUGCAGGUAACAUCCAACACUGGGAUCACUGUAUAUGGGGUGAUCCGUUGGAUGGGCGUCCUUUCAGAAAAUAAAAACGACUGGGCCGGAAUUGAGCUGGUGAGUGUAAGAUGUGAACUGUGUAAGCAAUGUUAUUGAGCUUGCCUAUUCUUCUCCUCAGAUUAGAUUCCUCAGCAACUCCUUUAUGCUUUUGCCAUCAGGAUUACGAGGUGAAUAAUUGCUCAGACGGGAUGUAUGGAGGUCAGCGGUAUUUCACUUGUAAAGUGGGCAGGGCCUUGUUUGUGCCCCUCACAAAGUGCAGUCCAGAUGGAAGGUUCCUAUGUCCCCCCUCUGAAAAGGAGACCCUCAAAGCCACAGAUAUCCCCCCAGGUUAGACACCACUUACAUAGGUCCUACUCCUACCUAACGCUGACACACACAUAAACAGUGUAGAUAAUCUCAGGUUAUGGCAUUGUAAUAAUAGCCUUGUAUGCAUUAGUUUGCAGCCCACACCUCAAACCAAACACACAAUGAAUCAAACACCAACCAACAGCAGAUAUAAAAUAUUUACCAGUUGUAUUUCUAUUAUCUAAGUGGUACAUAAUAAUGUUUUUGUAUGGUUUGUAUCAGUCAUUCCAUUGGAGGAAACAGACGAGAACGUCCCUCCUAUACCUGAGUCGGAAGCCCUGUUUUUGCUCGUGGGCAAGAUGAAGGGGAUCCAGGGGCACUAUAACUCCUGCUACCUCGACGCCACUCUCUUCAGGUAAACUUAACUCAAUCCCCUCUGGUCAAAUGGUUUUUCCUGUAGGUCACUGUUCCUAACUCUCAUAAUUGUAUUACAAUUUAACACUAUUUAUUGGGCAUCCUUUUCAUUGAGCCCAGUUUAUUGUAGUAAAGAAGGACUUAAUGUUGCACCAUGACCACUGUUAAGUUAAUAAAGCUACUACUUCUCUCCACAGUCUGUUCAGCUCAUCUAUGACCCUGGACAGUGUUUGCCACAAACCAGCUGACACAGAAAGUAGCAUAUCUCGCUCUCUGAAGAAAGACAUUGUCAACCGUUUGCGCAGGUAGAAACAUUGUCUGUACUUGCAGUUUUCUAGAUCCUCUUGACCCUCAGGCAGGCCUGUAUUAUCAGCUGGUCUUCAAAAUAAGGGCGUUAUGACAUUGUAAUUCAACCUAGACUGAAAAACAAAGCAUUCAUCUGGUUGUAACGCAUGUCUGAUAUUACUCUGGCGGAUUGGUAGUGUAUUUUCAGGUAUAUGCACUUCAUAUGAAUGUGCAUCUCUGUGUGUUUGUAUAAUGUGAAAGUGUGUUGUGUGUAUCUUUGUGUGUGGCCACCAAGAGUGACACCAGUGUGUGUGUUAUCCACAGACAAGGUUUUGUGCCUGCUGAGAGCGUAAUGAACUUCCGCAAGCAGCUCGGCUGUGACACCUUUGUAACAGAAGAGAAAGGUACGCUCACACAUUUCUCAUAGUGCUGUUUCUAUGGGUCUCUUUACUGUCAUGUUUAAACAGAAAUGUAAUACCAGCCCAGGGAAAUGAUGUCUAAAUGGUGUAAUCCUGCCUCCCUGUAGACCCUGAAGAGUUCAUCACAAUCCUUUUACAGCAGGUGCUUUGCAUGAAGUCAUUGAUUAAACUCAGGUUUGAACCAGUUCACCUUUCACCUUUCUCUGCUGCUCUAGUUGACCUCCUGACCCAUAUCUUUUCUCUUUCUAGCAUGUUAUUCUGUAGGCUACUUAUUGCUCGUUGCUUCUCCUCCUCACACUUCUUAUCUCCAUUCUCAUUGUCUGGGCUUCUGAGUUUCUGUUAGAUCUUAUUUGACACUCUGCCAUGACUGAGUUGCUUAACUUGAUUGUUCUCUGGGCCUCAGGUCGAAUAACAACACAUCUCAGGAGGCCUACACAUUCCAGAUUAUUCUGGAUAAGGAGCAGGUGACACAGACUCCCACUGUUCAGCAGCUACUGGAUAUCUCCUUGCUGUCUUGUGGCCUCAAGUUUGAGGAGGUGGGUGAUACUGUGCAAGGUUAUCUAAGGAGCAAUGUUUACAAGGCCUUGUAGGCAGCACAAGUUUUGUUUAGAAGGCGAUCACUUUGCUUUAAUAUUUAGGCCCUGUGCAGUCAAAAACGAGAUUUUCCUGUGUUUUAUACAUAAUUCCACACUGAGGUUGGAAUAAUAUUGUAGAAUUGUAAAAAUGAUGAUAAUGCCCUUUUAGUGUAAGAGCUGUUUGAAAAGACUGCCUGUUAUUUCCGCCUGUUUUGAUGGGAUGGAGUUUUGGCUUGCCUGGUGUCAUCACCAGGCGGUAAAUUGAUUAAUAGACCAAUAAGAAAUAGAGUUCCAAACCUCUCUGCCAAUAACAGCUAGUUUUCAGUUUUACCCUCCCCACUCAAACCACUCCCAGAUAGUCCUAGCAGAAUUCUUGCUUGAGAAAUUGCUCUUUGCUAAGAAGCUAUUUUUGUUUCUUUUUUUACAAUUUUAAUUGAAAACAAUCACAGUAACGUACAGUACUUAAUUAUUAACCAGAAAUGAUUUGAUAUUCAGAUAAAAACGGCUCCAUAUGUCCCUCAGAUCCCAUCCUGCCUCAUGGUCCACAUGCCAAGGUUUGGGAAGAAGUACAAGAUGUUCCCCCACAUCAUCCCCUCAACAGAAUUUGACAUCACAGAUCUUCUAUACAACUGUGAGUUACAGCAUCAGUCAAUGUUUAUAAAGACUCACAGGGGUUUUUGCAAAACGCUUAAUCACACAUCUGCCACGUAUACCUAUGAAUAAAAGUAAGGCCAUGCAGUAACUCCCUGCGCAUAGCUUACCAUUGUAAACUGUCUUCAGGUUGAGUGACACCUUCCCACUUUCUUCUCCCAUCAGCCCCCCGAGAAUGCUUCCUCUGUGGGCGUUUGGCAGAGUAUGAGUGCCCCCAGUGCCUACAGGACCGUAAGCUCCAGCCAGGAAGGAAUCAAACAGUACUGCACUACCUGCAAGACACAGGUAUACAGUGGGGUCAGAAAGUCCUGACACCCUUGAUAUAGAUGAGCAAAAAUGACUGUAUAAAAUAAAUAAAUACUGAGCUAUAUUGUCUUCUUUUUUUUAAAGGGGAAAUUAUAUUAUUUUAUACUAAUACAAUUGCUCAGAGAAAUGUUGUUAAAAAUUAUUGACACCCCUGUUUUCAAUACCUUGCGAGGAUAAUGGCACUGAGCCUUUUUCUAAAAGGUUUUAUGAGUUGGAGAACACAUUGGGAGGGAUUUUAGACCAUUCCUCCAUACAGAAUCCUUCCAGAUCCUUGAUAUCCUUCAUCUGCGCUUACUGACUGCCCUUAACAAGGGCCCCAGGACCAGUGGAAGCAAAAUAGCCCCAUAACAUCAACGAUCCACCACCAUAUUUUACAGUAGGUAUGCGGUUCUUUUCUGCUCAUGCAUUCUCAUUUCAAUGCCGAACCCACCACUGGUGUGCGUGGCCAAAGAGCUCAAUUUUCAUGUCAUCCAACAAAUGAAAUGCCAGGAGUUUCCUAAACCGCAUUGGCACUUGGAUUGGAACCGGUGCUUUGGUCAGAUUACAUGAAAAUAGAGCUCUUUGGCCAGGCACGCCAGUGGUGGGUUUCGCAUCGAAAUGAGAAUGCAUAAGCAGAAAAUAACCCCAUACCUACUGUAAAAUACGGUGGUGGAUAUUUGUUGUUAUGGGGCUAUUUGGCUUCCACUGGUCCUGGCCCACUGAGCAAAGACGUCAAUUCAACGUCUAGUCCACGUUGGUUCAAUGUAAUUUCAUUGAAAUGACAUGGAAACAACUUUGAUUCAACUAGUGUGUGCCAAUUUUCUUUAGCAUACAAUAUAGCUCAGUAUUUGAAUUAGUUUAUUUUAAACAGUCAUUUUUGCUCAUCUUUAUCAAGGGUGUCAAUCAUUUCAGACCCAACUCUAUACAGUUAAGCAGCAUGACUCUUUGAGCUACAGCUUUUCUACCUGCAAGUCUAUUGAUUUCGUCUCCUUUAUCUAACUGAAUCUCCCUAUCUACUUUCCCUCUUUCCCAUCCUCCCUUCCCUCUCUAUCUCCACUUCUCCCUUUGUGACAGGUGCACACUCAUCCCUCUCGGCACGGCCACUGCCCUAGAGCCCUGGCAGUGCCAGCGGAGGUGGCGGCAGAUGCCCCUGUACCCAGGCACAAAAUGCAGUUGUUCGCUGUGCUCUGCAUCCACACUAGCCACUAUGUGUCCUUUGUGAAGUAUGGCCCUGGCCCUCGCUCAUGGCUCUUCUUCGACAGCAUGGCAGACAGAUGUGGUGAGAUUAACCUCAAAGAACAAAAUUACAAUACAUUACCAAAAGUAUGUGGACACCUGCUCGUCGAACAUCUCAUUCCAAAAUCAUUGGCAUUAAUAUGGAGUUGGUCCCCCCCUUUGCUGCUAUAACAGGCUCCACUCUUCUGGGAAGGCUUUACACUAGUAACUUGUUGGAAAGGUGGCAUCCUAUGACGGUGCCACGUUGAAAGUCCCUGAGCUCUUCAGUACGGGCCAUUCUACUGAAAAUAUUGAUCUAUGGAGAUUGCAUGGCUGUGCUCGAUUUUAUACACACAGGUGUUGCUGAAAUAGUCGAAUCCACUCAUUUGAAUGGGUGUCCAUAUACUUUUGGCCAUGUAGUGUAUAUUUUUUGAAGAAUCCUGUCAGUUGCCAUCAAAAGUCUGUGAAGCACUGUAUAUUUCAAAACCUAUUGAGUGGAUGUCGCGUUGGUAAAACAUUAUUCUAAAAGGAAGAACAGACCGCUUAAUCCAUUUGUUCUGAGGUGCUGAACAAAUAAUAAUUUCUGUUGAAUUGCAGACUGUUCCUUGCCUUGUAAAGUUAUUUAUUUGUAUUUCUUGUUCACUAGAUACCCAAUUACUUACUUUGUCUUAGAACCUGAUGUAGAGAACACUGCAACCUGACGUAAAUGUCUAGUCUUAUCAGUCUUUCACUUGUCAGAUCUCUAAUCUUCAGUCCCCUCAGGUGAUGACCAGAGUGGCUACAACAUUCCAGAGAUCAGAGCUUGUCCAGAGGUGGGUGACUUCCUGUCUCAGUCAGAGGAGGAGCUAGCACGGGCUGACCCCUCCCAGGCUGGAGAGCUUGUCCGCAGGCUGCUGAGUGACUCCUACAUGUGUUUAUAUCAGAGUGCCUCCAUGGCACUCUACAGA